UAGACAUAGAUCUGACCAUAUAAGGUAAUGAUUGGAUUUAUAUAACAGUAAAACUAUCUACUACGGUAUCUAUUCUCAUUCAUUCAUUCAUUCAUUCACUCUACAAAGAUGGGGGAUGAGGACGUUGCUGCCCUUGUUAUUGAUAAUGGAUCUGGUAUGUGCAAAGCUGGCUUCGCCGGAGAUGACGCUCCUAGAGCCGUGUUCCCCUCCAUUGUUGGAAGACCUAGACAUCAAGGAGUGAUGGUGGGAAUGGGUCAGAAAGACAGUUAUGUAGGAGAUGAGGCUCAAUCGAAACGUGGUAUCCUGACUCUAAAGUACCCGAUUGAACAUGGUAUUGUGACUAACUGGGAUGAUAUGGAGAAGAUAUGGCACCACACAUUCUACAACGAGUUGCGAGUGGCUCCAGAAGAACACCCAGUGUUGUUGACAGAAGCCCCAUUGAACCCGAAAGCGAAUCGUGAGAAGAUGACACAGAUCAUGUUUGAGACUUUUAAUGUCCCAGCUAUGUAUGUUGCUAUUCAGGCGGUGUUGUCACUGUAUGCAUCUGGUCGUACAACUGGUAUCGUGUUGGACUCAGGUGAUGGUGUGACCCACACGGUUCCAAUUUACGAAGGUUAUGCAUUGCCCCAUGCCAUUUUGCGUCUGGAUCUUGCUGGUAGAGAUCUUACUGACUAUAUGAUGAAGAUCCUGACUGAGAGAGGUUACAGUUUUACUACUACUGCAGAACGUGAAAUUGUCCGAGAUAUAAAGGAGAAGCUUUGUUAUGUUGCUUUGGAUUUUGAGCAGGAGAUGGGUACUGCAGCAUCGAGUUCUGCUUUGGAGAAGAGUUACGAACUUCCAGAUGGUCAAGUUAUCACUAUUGGUAAUGAGCGAUUCAGAUGUCCAGAAGCUGUUUUCCAACCUAGCUUCUUGGGAAUGGAAGCAUCAGGAAUUCAUGAGACCACUUACAACUCCAUCAUGAAGUGUGAUGUAGAUAUCCGUAAAGAUCUCUAUUCCAACACAGUAUUGUCAGGUGGAAGUACAAUGUAUCCUGGUAUUGCUGACCGUAUGCAAAAGGAGAUUAGCGCUCUAGCCCCCAGCACUAUGAAGAUUAAGAUAGUUGCACCACCUGAGAGGAAGUACUCUGUAUGGAUUGGUGGUUCUAUUUUGGCCUCAUUAUCAACAUUCCAACAGAUGUGGAUUUCCAAACAGGAAUAUGAUGAAUCUGGUCCAAGUAUUGUUCACCGUAAAUGUUUUUAAUCUGACUUCACUAGUCUGUACAAAUGGUAUAAGUGAUAUCACAGAAUAAAGAUUUUUCGUGACUCAUGG